AUGAUAGAUAAAACUAGUAUACAAAAAGUUGGCGUCUUAGGUAUCGGUGCUUUCAUCUUUGGUUCAAUAGUAUUUGGAUUAAUCUUACUUGUUAUUGUUUUAUACUAUUCAUUAUGUUCUAAUAGAUUGGAAUCUGUUACAUCGUCUAAAAUAAAUAAAUCAAAGAAUGAAUCACUAUCAUCAUCAUCAUCAUCAUCACUAUCAUCGUCAUCAUCAUAUCAACUAAAAAAGAAAAAUAACUAA